CUAGUCCGCUCUAGGUAUAACUCUUUGCUUCGCCAUUAGCUCGCUCUACUGGCAGGUCUCGAGAGCUACUUCUCCAGCCCAGAGUAUGUCUCUUGAGAUAAACAACAAAACCACAGAGAACAUGUGCAUCGUAGGCACUUCUUCUCUGAGGCGUCGAUAGGGGAUUCGAUGUUCUUAAUUUAGAACUCUGAUUACUGAGACGCUCAAUGGCCAGUCUGCACCCCUUCAAACGCUAAUGAGGCGGGCACGACCAACAUUGUCAACGUCACAACAAGUCAGCGCGACCUCACCUCGACCCUCUCCACGCUGCGAGCGUCACUCAUCGCCUGCCUUAAUUGUAUCGCCUCCUUUGAGUUACUUACCUGGCUUAAUGCAUUUACAGUCUUCUUCAUUCACAUAAUCUCGGAACCCCUUGCCCUCAAUUUCCCCGCACAAGCGUGCCACAGCAUAGGACGCGAUGGCUUCUUCUCUAGCGGUUGGCACAAUUGGAGUCGUCAUUUGGUUUCUGGUGCACCGUUACCGUAAUGUCGUUCGCAAUCUAGCUGCCGCAAAAUCCUCAGGCUUCCCUGUAGUCGUAAUGCCAUGGAAUGUGUAUUCCGUGUUUUGGCUCGCAACAUACCCGCUGUGGCUUCCGCUCCUGCAAAAACUUCCGGUAUUUUGCCAUGGCCUCUGGUUACAAUUGCUGGAUCCAGAGUGGGCUUAUCGAGUAGGAUACAAGCCAUUCGAGCAGGUUGGGUCAGAUAUCUUAUUUGCUGUAUCACCCAGCAGAAUCCAGGCAUUUGUCGCAGAUGCUGAGGUUAUCACUCAAAUCACAACGCGACGAAAUGACUUCCCAAAGCCACUUAAGAUGUAUAGACGGCUUGACAUCUAUGGAAAAAAUGUCGUCUCGACUGAAGGCCCAGCCUGGCGUAUGCACAGGAAGCUCACGGCACCAAGUUUUGGAGACAAGAACAAUGAGCUCGUUUUCCUAGAAUCACUGCAUCAUGCGCAGUCCCUCCUCAGGCUGUGGACCGGGCCUAAUGGCAGUGGCAAUAAGACGGUGAAUGAUCCAGCUACAGACACAAUGAGGUUCGCUUUGUAUGUCAUUAGUCGUGCUGGUUUUGAUGUUCGAGUUGUCUGGCCACACGAAGAGAAAGAGCAACGAGCCAGAAGCGACUCUGUCGUUGACCCUCUUCUGGUGGGAUCUAAAAUCCCUCCUGGACAUAAGAUGAAUUACCGGGAGGCGCUAAGCGUACUCCUGGAGAAUAUUAUGUGGACCCAAAUGGGACCACCCGAAUACCUUUUAAAAUCACCCUUCAAAAUCCACCGGACCGUUGGAACAGCAGUCAUAGAGUGGGGCAAGUAUAUGGAUGAACUGUACGAAGCCAAAAAGGCGGAGGUUUCCUCGGGACAGAGCGCUGAGGGAAUGGACUUGUUCGGGUCACUCAUACGAGGAAGCGGCAUUCUUGACAGCUCAACAAACGUAAGGAAGACUGAUCUCCAAAAGAGUGACCUCCUGGGAAACGCAUUCGUCAUCAUGCUUGCAGGUCAUGAAACUACAGCGAACGCACUUCACUUCUCUUUAGUUUACCUAGCAGUGAACCGGAAGUCUCAAAAAAAUCUACAAGAGGACCUCGACAGGACGCUGCAAGGAAAGCCGAUUAGUGAGUGGACCUUUGAGGAGGAGUUUCCAAGAUUGUUCAAUGGCAUGGCUGCAGCCGUUAUGAACGAGACUUUACGACUGCUACAGCCAAUCAUCAACAUCCCGAAAUCAACUGCUCCUGGCCGACCGCAGCCUGUCACGGUAGGUAAUCGGACCCAUAUAUUCCCCGAGAAUACCCAUAUAUCUCUUUGCUGCGCUGUUCACCGAAAUCCUAAGUACUGGCCUUCACCGUCUGACAGUAACCAUAAAGACGGCUUACACGACGUUGAUCGAUUCAGACCAGAGCGAUGGCUCGUAGAUACCAAGGAACCUCCAGCUGCUGCAAUGGAGAACACAAAGUUCGACGACGAAGAUCUUCGGGGGCCAUCUGGUGCGGACACCUCAGCACAUCUCUUCAAACCUGUGAAGGGUUCAUAUAUUCCUUUCAGCGACGGCUACCGGUCCUGCAUCGGCCGGCGAUUUGCGCAAGUAGAGAUCCUUGCGGUGUUCGCUGUCAUAUUCCAGCAUUACAGCGUUGAGCUUGCAGUAGAUGAAUUUGCGACUGAUGCAGAAGUCGAUGCGAUGCCGAAGGGCGGAAAGGAGAGGCAGGAGGUUUGGCAAAAGGCGGCAGAUCGGGCGGAUCACUUGCUCAGGAGAACUAUGGGGUCGAUUAUCACACUGCAAUUGAGAGGGAACACCAUCCCAAUACGCUUUGUCAGAAGAGGGAAGGAGAGAUUUGUGUUUCAAUAGAGAAUGUGCUCUCCAAAGGAUGCAAUCCUAGCUAUACUAGGAUAUUGGAUUACUUAGAUUUCUA